AUGGACGAACGGCCGAUGCUACGUGGCAUCUUCGCCUUUGAGGACGAGGAAAAUCCGGAAUGGCGUCGCGUGGUCAUGUCUGAGACAUCAGGCGGUGUACCCAAGUUUGCUACCAAGGCGGAAUGUGAAGAUUUUAUUCGAAAGCACUGCUGGCGUGGCUCGAACCCGGAUUUUCCCAAACUGCAGCAUGUUUUCUCUAUGCUCGUGGAUUGGCAGCAGAUCACGGAUAUUCUUCUCCCCAAGAUAAAGGAAUACGAUAUCAAGUGUCCACCGGAGUCUACACCUGAAGUCAGUGCAAACAAUCGCUUCGCGCAGGGCGACGGGCUGCCUAUAGCUGAUGGCGUGGAUUAUCGCGUUAACAUGCCCUUUCACCAGCAGACAAACCGCGAGUCCACAAUCAAUACGUUGUACUAUUUGUUCUUUCACAUGCGCUGUGGUAUUUUUGUGAUGAUUCGUCGCCGUCGUGUCGUGAUCUUUGCCCCGUUCGCAAACAAAGACUACGAGAACAACUGGGGAAAGAAUGUGACUUUUGACAGCUCGGACGGCAGCAUGUUUUCCUAUUAUCGAGAAAAGCAACGCUAUUAUCGACGCGAGAACAUUAUCCCUGACGUGAACAAGUGGUGGGCCAAUGGCAAUAUUAUCUGUAAUGAACAUUGUAGGUAUCGUAAUAAGGAGGACGAGACGCAAUACUGGGGAGACCAAUUUCUUACUCAAUUGCGAGACAUGCUAGAGGAUGCGUGCAAACACCGCAACAUUGCCGACUGCGAGUUCUUUAUUAACAAGCGUGACUAUCCGCAUUUGAAGGAAAAUUUGACUGAGCCUUACGGAUUCCUGUUCGACAAAGACGACCGCAACCCGGACGAAGAUAUCCCGCUUACAGAACAUCUAUACGCAACGUACGCUCCAAUUAUGAGCUUCUACGUGUCGAAGCGCUUUGCAGACAUUCCAUUUCCAUGUUCAGAAGACUGGGAAGCAGCCACAGGUCUUGUAUUUCCACAGUCGUUUCGACAUACUCAUUGUGACCAGUGUCCGUGCCGUAGUCCAUUGCAUUGCGAUAAUGAUUGGAAGUGCUUUUGUGAUGUGGGCGCCAACGGCCGAAAGAGACAUGGUAUUGAAGGCGCGCGUGACUUGUUCACGGCCAACAACUUUCGGAAGUUUUAUAAACCCUGGGGAGACAAGGUAGGCACCGCAUUCUUCCGUGGUAGCGCGACUGGUGGUGGUACAACUAUUAAAACCAACCAGCGUCUUCACUUGGCACAUCUGUCUAAUACAUGGAAGAAGGAUCCAGCAAUGAAUGGCGAGGCCGAGAAAGAUGCGACAGGUGAAGACAACGCUAACCAGGAAUUGGUACCAUUGCUGAAUGCUGAGGUAACGACAUGGAAUCUCCGCGACAAGAAGAUUGCUGGCAAGCCCAUGACGUUUCUGCGCCACGAGGAUUUUAUCUUUGAGGGCGGGCGUCAACACUUCAUCCCAAUCUACGAGCAGUCCAAGUUCAAGUACAUUUUGUACGUUGAAGGCCACUGCGCUGCAAACCGUUACGCCUUCUUGAUGCGCCUGGGUAGCGUGAUUUUGAAGGUUGAGUCGCGCUGUGUUGCCGAUGAGAUGUGGUACUUCCCAGUCCUCAAACCAUUUGAAGACCACGUGCCGAUCAAAGCCGAUCUUUCAGACUUGGCCGAAAAAAUUCGGUGGUGCCGCGAAAAUGAUGACAAGUGCGAGCAGAUUGCGGCUCGCGCCAAUGAGCUGUAUGAACGGUUUGUAUCCAAAGAGGCUAUCCAUGACUACAUGGAGGUGAUUUGCAAUCGAGUCGCACAGCGUUUUCAGACCACACCAGGUUGGUACAAACGACCAGAGCGGGUUGAAUCGACCGAAAAGCCCAACUUUGGCCGCUGUCGUGGGAUGUGCGUCGGUGGUGCAAGCCCUCGGUAUUGCAAGCGCUGCCUCGAGAUGAAGGACGAUGAUGAAGAAGCCCGUGUAAAUCGCAAACGCAAGCGCGAGAGCUCACGAGAUGACAAUCGCGCAGACCGAGGACGUGGGAGUUACAAUGAUUAUGGUCGUGACCAGGGCCGUGGUCGCAAUCGUGAUCGCAACUACGAUCGCUACAACCGUAGUGAUAAUCGAGGAGGUGACUAUGACCGCCAUGACCGUGGGUACGGUGUCGGAUCGGAUACUUCGUAUCGCCGCGAUGAUACGGAGCGUCAAGAUAGGAGUCCGAAGCGGCCGCGCGUACAACAAUGCCGGAAAUGCCGUCGCGCAAAAUCCGCAUGUCAGUGCAGUUUUCGUGGCCAUUAG